AUGGUUCAGGUCCAGCCUGUGCAGUUCACGGUUGUGGCCACCGCCGCCGGCUCGUCAUCGGUCACAACCAUCGUGGACGGCCAGCACUUGUUUGCCCGCGGCUGGUGCAUGCGACCGAGCACAUGCGCUCUGUCUCUCGAGGCCGGCGACUCACCGGUGGCCCCCACAGUCGGUCAAGUUCGUCGUAGGGAUUCGAAUUUCUCUAGAAUCGAGGUCGAGGUCGAGGCCGAAGUUGCACGACGGACGUCGCCCGACAUCUUCCGCCUUUGCUCUUGCGGCGCUGCACAAUUCCCGUACGGAUAUGCGUGUGUAUGGGAUAUUCUCCGGCUCCCGCGCGGCAUCCCAGGGUGCUGCGUGGCAGGGUUGGGAAUCUGGGGCGAGGCAAAUUGA